AUGGGGAACUACUCCGUAAGUGGCGACCUGUUAAGCAAGUCGGCCUAUGGCUUGGAGACGGCGGUACCCAACGACAACGGCGCCGAAACGUCCAAUGCAAGCGAAGAUGCAAAAUGGGUUCCGUCCGCUGGAUGGAGACGAUGCAGCAGUGUGGCGAAUCUUCGUACGAAGGACAGACAGCAUGUUAUCGCUCUCGAAGAAGAAAGGUCCGGCGCGACGACAUGCAGCCUACUCGUGGAACAUAUGCAAGGCUCAGGAGGCAAAGAGCGGGCGGCAUACCAAACUGCUGGUCUCGAGAUCCCGGCGCUUAAAGGAGUGGCCCUCCAAGCGCUCUGUGCCGAAAAAAAACAGGCAAAGCAGGCCGAUAAUCCGGACGCAGCUAAGAACGCGCCGAAAUUUGCGGGAUCAAAGCCCGAGAGCCUCAUGCUCGGUGCUGGCGCAGAAUUGUCUUCUACAACUCUGAAAGGUUUCGGCAUCGCGGAACCGAUCCCAAAGAUGGCUCAAUCAAAUGCAGCCAUUACUGACGCGCCGCAAUGGCGCCAAGUGUCGCCUGCUGAUCAGUCAAAUGAAGGAAUCGAAAGUCUAUCAGAUCGAGGCGAGCAACCCAGCAACGGUUCACCAGUCUUCGGUGCGGAUUUGCGUACACAAAGCUACACCUUUGACAGGCCGUCGUAG